CACUGGGUGUAUACACAAGUUUAUAUAUUGCUUUAUUAACAUUGUAAUGGAAAGUUUUAGUGCUUAGAAGAUGAACUAUAUUAUACAGCUAUACCGCAUUAACUAAUAGGCCGAUAUUGGAAUCAUUCUGGAAUAAAAGGUAGGAAAAACAAAAAAGGAAGUAAAUGAGUACCCUUGUUCCAUUGUCUGCACUAUUUCUUUAUUUAUUCAUGUAGGUUUCUUAUGGUUCAUUUGAGCCAAGGACGAUUGACCAAACAGAUGACCCUUUCUUUUAUCGCAUGGUCCCCAACGAGGAUUAUCAGAUCUGGGGAAUUGUCCAACUCCUUCUGUAUUUUGAAUGGAAAUGGGUAGGGAUCAUUACAAAGGAAACAAAAAGCGGGGAGCAUUUCUUGUCAACUCUGGAGCCAAUGUUUUUGCAGAAUGGAAUCUGUAUUGCUUCUAAAGUCAUUUUUCCAAAAAAUAUAGGUUUUCAUGAAAUGUUUGAAGGUUUCUUCAAUAAUGUAGAUACCUUCGUGAAUGGCAAAGAAAACGUGAUGAUCCUAUAUGGGGAAGUGGGAUUGUUCACAUGGCUGACCUUUUUUCUCUCUGCAAAUAUGUUCAUUGCUGUAGAUGACAUGAGCUUUGCUGUGAAAGUGUGGAUCAUGACCGCACAAAUUGAUGUUGCUUUACACAUCAUUCAAAAGGCGUUCAAUAUGCAAGCAAUCCAUGGUGCCAUCUCUUUUGCGCUGCAGUCAAGGGACAUUGAAGGUUUCCAGGAAUACCUUCAGGCUAUCCACCCUUCUGAUGAAGAAGGAAACGGUUUCAUUAAAGAGUUCUGGGAACAAAGCUUUGACUGUUUCAUUCCACCAUACGGUGAUCCAACAGGAUUCCUCGGACCCUGCACCAGGGAGGAGAAACUAGAGAGCCUUCCGGCUCCCUUUUUUGAAAUGAGAAUGACUGGCCACAGCUACAGCAUCUAUAACGCUGUGUAUGCUCUUGCGCAUGCCUUCCAUAUCAUGGCUUCAUCUAAACUAAGACUUCAUGCCAGAGCAAAGGAAAAUCCAAGCAUAUUGGCCCCUCACCUGCAGAUUUGGAAGCUUCACUCAUUGAUUCAAAGGAUUUCAUUCAACAAUAAUGCUGGAGAUGAAGUUACUUUUAAUGAACAUGGAGAAUUAGCAGCUGGGUUUGCUAUUACAAACUUAGUCACUUUCCCCAACAACUCCUAUAUUGGCAACAAGGUGGGAAGCCUGGAUCCACAUGCUCCUCCUGGCAAAGAGUUCACCAUUAAUGAGGAGAUAAUCCAGUGGCAUAAAAGUUUUGUUCAGAUGCCUCCUUCCUCUCUCUGUAAUGCCAAGUGUUCUCCUGGCUACAGCAAGAAAAAGAAGGAAGGGAUGGCCUUCUGUUGCUAUGAUUGUGCUCCAUGUCCUGAAGGGAAGGUUGCAGAACAGACAGACAGGGACUAUUGCAUCAGCUGCCCAGAAGACGACUAUCCAAACCAUGGGAGAGACCAUUGUAUUCCCAAAGUUCAGACUUUCCUUUCCAUUGAGGAAUCAUUGGGUAUCACUUUAGCUUCGUUGUCUCUUUUCCUUUCUAUGUUGACGGCAUUCAUGCUUGCCAUCUUCAUUAAGCAACGACACACUCCCAUCGUCAAAGCCAACAACCGGGGCCUUAGCUACUUACUCCUCACAUCUCUGUGUCUUUGCUUCCUUAGCUCCUUGCUAUUCAUUGGAAAGCCCAAUCACUUGACUUGCCUCCUACGCCAAAUGGCAUUUGGCAUUGUCUUCUCCAUUGCGGUGUCUUCUGUUCUGGCCAAAACCACGGUCGUGGUUGUGGCUUUCAUGGGUUCCCAGUCAAGGAACAUUUUCCGCAAAUGGAUUGGGAAAAGAAUGGCAUAUUCUGUGGUCUUGGGAUGUUCCCUUGUUCAGGUCAGCAUUUGUGCUGCUUGGUUGGCGUAUUCCCCUCCCUUCCCAGACUUCAACAAACAUUUGAUCACAGAGGAAAUUGUUGUCGAGUGUAACGAAGGCUCCGUCACCAUGUUCUACUGCGUCUUGAGCUACAUGGGCUUCCUCUCCUUCGUCAGCUUCACGGUGGCUUUCCUGGCCAGGAAGUUGCCUGACAGUUUCAAUGAAGCCAAGUUCAUCACCUUCAGCAUGUUGGUCUUCUGCAGUGUUUGGGUGUCCUUUGUCCCAACGUACCUCAGCACCAAAGGGAAAUAUAUGGUAGCCGUAGAAGUCUUUUCUAUUUUGUCCUCCGGAGCCGGGAUAUUGGGUUGCAUUUUCUCCCCCAAAUGCUACAUUAUAUUGUUGAAGUCCAAUUUGAACAACAGGGAGCAGCUAAUAAGAAGGAGACAGAAUUCUAAAAUCUAACAUUCGUUCUGCUUGCUCUGUUUUUAGCUCCCAAAUAUUUUAUUUCGUAUGUUCAAACAUUUCUGGCAUGAGAUAUCACAAUCCUUUCUUAGACUACUCCAUGGAAAGAUCCCCACUAGUGACUUCUCUGAAGUAUUAGAUCAUAGGAUCCUAGAGUUAGAACUGAACAAACAACCAAGUCAAGCUGAAGAAUGUAACAAGUCACGUUUUUUGUACCUCUCAGAAGUAUUUAGUUGUCUGUUUUAAAGAAAAUAAAUCCUGAUCGAUUUAACUU